AUGUCCAUGUUCGCUCUGGUCCUCGCCGCGACGGCUUCUUUCCGACUCGCCGCUGCUGCUCCAUGCGAUAUCUACGCUUCAGGUGGCACACCCUGCAUUGCUGCUCACGGCACCACACGUGCUCUCUACAGUUCUUACGAGGGACCGCUAUAUCAGGUCAAACGGGCAUCUGACAACGCCGUGCUUGAUGUCUCACCUCUUGCUGCUGGCGGCGUGGCCGAUGCUGAUGCCCAAGAUAACUUCUGUGCCAGCACGACUUGUCUCAUCACCGUCAUAUACGACCAGUCCGGCGUGGGAAACCACCUCACGCAGGCUCCACCGGGCUAUUUCCAUGGUCCGGACGUGGAUGGUUAUGACAACUUGGCCAGCGCAAUAGGAGCCCCCGUGUCUCUGAAUGGCCGGAGAGCUUACGGAGCCUUCGUUGCACCCGGGACAGGAUAUCGAAACAAUAAUGCUGUUGAGACAGCGAUCGGCGAUGAGCCUCAGGGCAUGUACGCAGUUCUGGACGGCACACAUUACAACGAUGCCUGCUGUUUUGACUAUGGCAACGCUGAGCCUAGCGGCCUGGAUACGGGAAACGGGCACAUGGAAACUAUUUACUUUGGCUCUUGCAGUUGGUGGGGUUCCGGUGACGGGGAGGGUCCUUGGAUCAUGGCUGACCUGGAGAACGGACUGUUCUCGGGCUUGUCGCCAUCUAACAAUCCCGGUGAUCCCACUAUUAGCCAUCGGUUCACCACUUCGAUCGUCAAGGGCGCGCCCAACUUGUGGGCCAUCCGAGGCGGCAAUGCGAAAGACGGCAAGCUGUCGACAUUUUUUGAAGGUGAGCGUCCGAGUGUGGACGGCUAUAAUCCCAUGAGCAAGGAGGGCGCCAUCCUUCUUGGCAUCGGGGGUGACAACAGCAAUGGUGGCCAGGGCACAUUCUACGAGGGAGUCAUGACCGAUGGCUACCCAUCUGCCGAAAUCGAAGACGCCGUACAGGCUGAUAUAGUAGCAGCUGGAUACGCUGAAAUCUCCCUUGUCAACGGGCCGGAGCUUACGCUGGGCUCCUCCAUCUCUUUUCAGGCUACUACCGCCUGCUGUACGGCGCGAUACCUUUCACACACGGGCGCCAGUAUUAAUACCCAAGUGGUCGAUUCGUCCAGCAGCAUUGACUUGAAGAAGCAAGCGAGCUGGACUGUUCGCGCAGGCCUUGGAAAGAGCGAAUGCUUCUCUUUCGAGUCAAACAAUUCCCCGGGCAGCUUUAUCAGACACGCAAACUUUGCUCUUGCCCUCAACGCCGAUGACGGCAGCAAGCUGUUCGCCGAGGAUGCCACAUUCUGCCCACAGGCUGGUCUCAGUGGCCAAGGCAGCUCGAUCCGAUCUUGGAGCCAUCCCACACGGUACUUCCGACACUUCAAGGAUGUUGGGUACAUCAGCAGCAACGGAGGUGUCCAUGACUGGGAUGCCGCCGGAGCGUUCACUGACGAUGCCACUUGGAUUGUCAAUGCUGGCUUUGUCUGA